AUGUUUCAACUUUUCGUGGCGGUAGCGAUACUUUCUGUGUUGAUCAACGCAGAAUUGCAAAGAAUUCCGCUACAUGAAAUAAAUUUUACUGGAAGAUCGAUUGGCAUCGAUCAUCGACGGAGUCGUUCGGUUUUUACCGUUAUAAAAGAAUAUUUGAUUCAUGAUAUAGAUUUUGCAUACUAUGGCAUUAUCUCAAUAGGAACUCCACCACAGAAAUUUAAAGUACUUUUUGCCACUAGUUCUCCACAUUUCUGGGUACCAUCUAUAAAUUGUGAUUUUUCUACUUGCUAUAAAUAUAAUAAAUAUGAUGGAACUAAAUCGGACACAUAUGUACAAGAUGAUACUCCAGUGGACAUUGAAUACAAUGAUGGUGAUCUAUCUGGAUAUUUAUCUGGUGAUACAGUGAAUAUUGCUGGUCUUGACGUUCCACAUCAAAUAUUUGUAGAAGCAACAAGGAUACAGCGAUAUAGCUCUCAUUUGAUGAAGUACGAUGGUAUCUUAGGAAUGUGUUAUCCCAUAAGAACUGCUGAAGGAACAAUUCCUGUCCUUACAAACAUGAAUCAACAAAAUUUGUUAUCGAAAUCCGUUUUUAGUUUCUAUUUAAAGCGAUAUUCUUCACUAGUUGAUAGUGAAUUAAUAAUUGGUGGCUCUGACCCCGAUCUUUACAAUGGCGAGCUUACCUAUGUUCCUGUUACCACUGAUGGAUACUGGCACUUUAUAAUAAAUCGAAUUUAUAUAAGACAUAGCACCAUCUGUUUGCACUGUGAAGCUAUCAUCGACACGAGCACUUCCCAGAUAAUUGGACCGUCAAUAGAAAUCGAAGCUAUUAACAGAUACAUAGGACUUGAAAUUAAUGGAGUAACAAUUGUGGACUGUAACAAGAUUUAUAAUUUGCCCAGUAUCUACUUCGACCUAGGUGGUAAAUCAUUUGAACUUACUAGUGAAGAUUAUAUUAUUAAGCUCAAACGAUAUAAUCAUACUAUAUGUACAAGCGCCUUUAUAGAUACAGUUUUGUAUGAGAACAGUCCAACAUGGAUUUUGGGUAAUGUAUUUCUUCGUCGGUACUAUACGGAGUUCGAUAUGAGAAACAAUCAAGUGGGAUUUGCUCCUGCAAAAUAA